GAGUUAACAUUGAAUCGGGAAAUUAAAUAAAUAAAUAAAAAAAAACGAAUAAUUAUUAAAAAAAAUUUUGAAAAAUUAAAAAUACAAAUAAAUUAAGUGAAUAAUAAAUUGAAAUUAAAAUAAAUAAAGAAAUUUUAUACAAAAAUGAAAUUGUUGAUAUCGAUAGUGCUAUUAGCGAUUAUACCGUUUUCACUUCAAGGUGAAAGUAUUCUUAAAUUAGAUAUUACACCAGAAGAAGCUGAACAGUAUUUAGCUGGAUUAAAUUUAGAUGUUAAUUAUGCACCAAAAACUGGUGAAAAUCCAUUACCAGCAACUAAAAAUGCCGAUGGAAAAUUUGUAUAUCAGGGUCGUGUAAUUGAUAAUCCUGGUGAUUAUGUUGAAGAACAUUAUUUAGCUAAACAAUAUCAUGGACAAGAUGGUUUAGGUGCAUAUAAAUAUGGUUAUUCAGAUUGGAAUCAAGGUAAAGCUGAAGAAAAAGAACGUGCUGGUACAGUACGUGGUACAUAUAAAUAUGUAAAUCCAUAUGGACGUGAUUUUGUUGCAACAUAUUGGGCUGAUCAUUCUGGUUUCCAUCAAGAAGAUAAUAGACCAAAAGUUGUACCUAAACCAGUUACUGAUAGUCCAGCUGUACGUAGAGCUAAAGAAGAACAUUUCCGUGUAUGGAAAGAAGCAGCUGAAGCAGCUGGUGCUCCAUUAUCACCAAAUAUAUUAAAAUAUUAUGAUCCAAAUGCAGAACCAGAACAAGUUAAUAUACCAUUACCAGAUGGCGGUGAUGAAGGUAAAUAUGAAGAAAAAGUAUGGUGGACACCAGAUCCAAAUGAACCAACAAGUGAACCAAAAGGAUUCUUUUAUGCAUUCGAUUAUCCUGUACAAUUGUUACGUAAUAUUAAAGAACGUGAAGAAUUACAAUUGAGAGCACAAACACCAAUUGAUGAAAUCGAUAAACGACCAGAAGAUGACAACAAUACCAAAUAAAUCAAUAUUAUUACUCACAUAGUUUGAAAUUUAUAAAAAGAAAAAAACAAUAAUUGUAAAUUAAAAAAAAAAUUUAAUUUGUUUUAUUUGAUUGUUUUAAAUAGUGUUUGUGUAUACGUCAGUGUAUGCAUACACAUGUGUACAUAUAGAAAUUUAUAACUACAUGCUGUGAAUGUGUUAUUUGUAUUAAUUUAUUAUAUAUAAAAAAAAUUUCUUUAUAAUUUAAUAGUUAUUUAUUUUUUCAAAUAAUAAAAACUACAUUUUGUACAUAUAUAAA